AUCCCGUAGUAUCUUUUGCUCGCUCGUAUUUAAAAAAACGAAAACACUUUUAUAUCUGCACACAUUUUUAAUAAUAAAAUUAAAUAAUAAUUGAUUUAUCCCCAAAAAUAUAUAGUAUAUUUUUUAAUUUAAGAAAAUUGUGUUUUAAUUGAAAAAUCCCAUAUGUCUUCCAUAGUCUGGGUGAAUUUAUCUUAAAAAAAAAAAAAAAACAUGUUAAAAAAUAGAAGUACUUGUAUUUUAGAAACAUGAACUAGGCGUUUCCCCUUUGCUAAAAAGGAUGCUGCACCUUGAGAGUCAAAGUUUUUGUGAAAGAUAAAAAAAAAAAAUAUGAAACUAGAAAAAAGAAUUAAUUUUGUUAAAUAAUUAGGAAAAUCUUUUAAAUAAAAAAAUAAUUAAUAAAAUAAAUUAAUAUAGAAAAUGGAGCAGUUAAAAUGGUUAACACGAAUUUUUUUACUCUUCGUUGCUCUUACUGCAGUUCGAGCAUCGGAGGAUGAGGAGCGUUUAGUUCGGGAUCUAUUUCGAGGUUACAACAAACUUAUAAGACCCGUACAAAAUAUGACACAAAAGGUGGGAGUUCGUUUUGGAUUGGCUUUUGUUCAGCUUAUUAAUGUGAACGAAAAGAAUCAAAUUAUGAAGUCAAAUGUAUGGCUCCGUCUAGUGUGGUAUGAUUAUCAGCUACAAUGGGACGAAGCCGAUUACGGAGGCAUUGGAGUACUUCGACUCCCACCCGAUAAGGUUUGGAAACCUGAUAUUGUUUUGUUCAACAAUGCUGAUGGUAACUAUGAAGUGCGCUACAAAUCAAACGUUCUAAUCUAUCCAACUGGCGAAGUUCUAUGGGUUCCACCUGCCAUUUAUCAGAGUUCCUGCACCAUCGAUGUAACAUAUUUUCCCUUUGAUCAGCAAACAUGCAUUAUGAAAUUUGGAUCGUGGACUUUCAAUGGCGAUCAAGUUUCUUUGGCCCUGUAUAAUAAUAAAAAUUUUGUUGAUUUAUCGGAUUAUUGGAAAUCGGGAACAUGGGAUAUAAUUGAGGUGCCAGCUUAUUUAAAUGUCUAUGAGGGAGAUGGCAACCAUCCAACGGAAACGGAUAUUACAUUUUAUAUAAUUAUUCGAAGGAAGACAUUGUUUUAUACGGUGAAUUUGAUUUUGCCAACGGUGCUUAUUUCGUUCCUUUGUGUAUUGGUGUUUUAUUUGCCAGCUGAAGCUGGUGAGAAGGUUACACUUGGUAUUAGUAUUCUGCUGUCACUGGUUGUGUUUCUGUUGCUUGUGUCAAAGAUAUUACCACCAACAUCACUUGUACUGCCAUUAAUUGCUAAAUAUUUGCUUUUUACAUUCAUUAUGAAUACGGUUUCAAUCUUGGUCACUGUGGUUAUUAUUAAUUGGAAUUUCCGAGGACCAAGAACUCAUCGAAUGCCAUUGUGGAUUCGUAGUGUAUUUUUGCAUUAUUUGCCAGCAUUUUUAUUAAUGAAACGACCACGUAAGACUCGUUUACGUUGGAUGAUGGAAAUGCCUGGUAUGAGUAUGCCUGCACAUCCACAUCCAUCAUAUGGAUCACCAACAGAGCUGCCAAAACAUAUAAGUGCCAUUGGGGGUAAACAAUCAAAAAUGGAAGUUAUGGAGUUAUCUGAUCUGCAUCACCCAAAUUGCAAGAUCAAUCGAAAAAUCAACAGUGCUGGUGACUUGGGUGUUGGCGAUUGUCGUCGUGAAAGUGAAUCAUCUGAUUCGAUAUUACUUUCACCAGAAGCAAGUAAGGCUACUGAGGCUGUAGAAUUUAUUGCUGAGCAUUUGCGUAAUGAAGAUCUCUAUAUUCAAACACGUGAAGAUUGGAAAUAUGUAGCAAUGGUCAUUGAUCGUUUGCAACUUUACAUAUUUUUCAUUGUUACUACAGCCGGAACAGUUGGUAUACUAAUGGAUGCUCCACAUAUCUUCGAAUACGUCGAUCAAGAUAGAAUCAUUGAGAUUUAUCGAGGAAAAUAGAUGUCUUUUCUUAUUGUGAAAAUGAAAGAGAGUGCCGUCAUUGCAAUAUACAGUUUUUUUUGUUUUUGAAUGCCUAUUUUUUUUUUGUUGAUGUUAGAAAUCCUUUUUAAUUUUUUAAAUUAAUUUUAUUUAAAAUGUAUUAAACAUUUAAUUUAUGUUAGGUAGCGUAAAAUCGGUAUUCAAAUCAUAAGCUGCAAAUUGUAACUCUAUAGAUUUUUCAAAAAAAUACGAAAAAAAACGCUCAAAUAAAAUUACAUACACUUAAAAUACAUGCUCAAGUAUGUAGUACGUACAUACUUAAUGUGUGUAUAAUGUAGUUGAAAAGAUCACCAAUUAAGAAAACCCUUAAUAUAGAAUUUAUAAUAAAAUUAAUAAGUUAGUGAAUUAAAAAAAAAAAUAUAAAGUCAGAAAAUUUGAAAAAACAAACUAAAUACAAAAAAAUAAAACAUUUAAACUUAAGGGUUUAAAAAUAAAAAAAAAAAUAUUAUUUAUAUUAUUUAGAAUUUUAUACGUGCAAUUCAUAAGUAAAAUUAUUUAAAUUA